ACGUAAGGGGAUGAUGGUAAGUACCUGUGGCCAUGUUACGUUUUCCCGAGGCAGUUUCGUUGUCAUUGCUCCUUGUGAGCCAGACGCACGGCUUGAAUCGCGGGGAGGCGCCUGGGAACGCCCCUUGCUCACAAGUAGCAUCAUAUUAUUAGACGGCUUGGUCGCCCUAGAGCAGGGAGACACAACCUUCCACCUGUCCAUGUUCUGGGUCGACGUCAAGUAUGUGCGGCCCUGAAAACACGAACCGCCCUCGCGGAGGAGCGCUGGUCGCUCUUGGCCCUCCUUUGAGCCCCGAUAGACCCAGCUCGACGGCAUCCAUUCAUGGUGAUCUCGCAUUUCACACGCCCGGAAACCCCGGUAGUGCCGAGGCAACUCAUGCGCGGCUUACAUCAAGCACUUUCCUUGACGUGGCACACAUUGGCGAACUCUCAGUGAUAAUCCACACUAGUGGUGACAUGACGAGAAGCGCCGCCGAGUGCGGUUUCUUUCGCCAGUUUUCGCUCGCGACACCGACGGCACUUAAUGACAGCGACGGACGGUUGGCGUUCCUCGAACUCCCCAUUGAGCCAUUGCCGCUCACAGUGGGAGAUGGCGGCAUAAUAGGCCGUCGCGUGUCCGUGUGUUCGAGACAGCCGUGCGGCCGGGAGUCCGUGGUAGCAGAAGGGAUUGUCGGUUUCAACUUUCACGAGCCUUCAAGAUCAUCGUUGUGAUGAGGAGAUCCAGGUCAUGAGGUCAUGCGAUAGAGGAGCAAACAUACCGAGCGGUGUCACGGACGGCAUGGAAGGUGCUAGGUGGCGAGCAGGACCUUGCCAGCUACUUCCUAACUUGGUAGCCUGGAGUAGAUAGCCUACUUUCUCGAUUACGUCCAUCGCUGCUUGUGCCCGAAAUGCGAGCCAUGAACCUGGGGCUGGCCUGUGUUCCGUUUGAAGCAAUAAAGCAGAGCAGCGGACUCUCAGAAUCCAUGAGUACCUUCUGAAUGGAGUCAAGUUGUCAAUGAUGACCGCGGAGACCAUAGCAGUCGGGUAUCUCUAGUAAGCCUUACAGUAUACCUACAAU